CUCCACAAAGGAGGUUAGCCUGAAUUCUUGCCUAGAAUAGAAAGGCUCACCUUGUUAUAAGUAGUUCUAUAGUAACAGCCAAUUAUCAUCUAGUAGAUUACAAGGAAAUAUUCUGAUUCUAGAAUUCUUUGGGUGUCUGAUGAAGGCAGACAUAUGUGAGAAGUAGGAAAUAAUCACAGGGUUGUCAGGGGUCUAGAAAAUGAAUUCAAUUAUUUAUGACUUAUUUGGAAUUGGUUUUAAAAAUUUUAAACAAAAAUUUUAAAGGUGGAUAAUUAUAGAUUAAAAAAAGAAUAAAGGAAGAAUACAGGGAUUAGGUACUAUCAAGCUGCUGAGCUCAUUAUAACUUUGGGGCAGUGAAUUUGUUUCUAGAAGUUUCAUUGGAGCUAAGGCAAGAGCUCCCUACACAGAAGCAUGUACUAAGUUUCAAGUAAGAGGCAUGGACAUCAUAACUGCUAUGUUUGCAAGAACAGGCCCCUAGAGGCUGGGGUGAUCAUGGAGGAGGGACUUGGAACUCAGCUCUCAAAAAAGAUCACCCUAACCGCCCAUCACGACUGCUGUGGAAGUUAUGUCUGAUAAAAAAGAAGGUCCCAUAUUAGAGAUCGCCAAGCAAGAUUUUUUUCAAGAAGCAAAAACUCUCAUUGCCCAACAUUAUGAGAAAGUAAAUGAGAAUAAAGUUCAAAGUACUUCUAUAAAUGUUUUUAGAAAUAAACAUCAAAAACCAAAAUCUGUAAAAUUCAUACCUUUGGAGAUUAAAAAAAAGGAAACACUUGAUGGGGUCCAAGAACUUUGGACGGCACACAAAAAGAUUUGUUUUCCCAAACACCUGUUCAAAAGGGAACAUUUUGAGGAGACCCCUCAACAAACUUCUUUUAAGGAGCCAUGCAUGUUUAGUGUAAAGGAAAAAUUCAAGGACUCGAUGGAUCUAAUUGUGAAAGAACAAGUUAAACUGGGUAAAAUAGUGACUAAUAUUGAAUCAGUGGGUAAAAAAAUGGAGAAAGAAAAGCAUCAGCACCAUGUUAAGUCCAGAUUGUUGGUCUCACCAUAUGCCGUCCCCAUCAACUUUGGCUUGCCCUUACAACCCAUGACCACCUCUUCCAUGGGACUUCCGAAAGAACAUGAUAAAACAUUCUACAAUUGGAGAGGAAUUAUGUCAACAAAGCCUUCCCGUUUGACUCCUGACUCCAGCUGGCCUAGUUUGUGUGGGCCAUCAUCAAUGUUUCGGGAUUACCAUUCUAAAACCUUACUGAAGAAAGAGCAACAGCCUAUCCAACCAGAACCAAAGCCACCCAGGUCAAAAUCUAUUCUAACUAAAAGUGGUAAACUUGACAAUAAAGUUAAAAGAAUUGGACCACACAUAGAAAUCUUCCAAGUGUUCCGGGAAAGGAACACAUUCAUAAAUACCAAAAAAAUAGUGAAAAUGAUCACCAUCAUGCAGGCCUAUGUCAGAGGGUGGCUCGAACGCAGAAGAUACCAGAGAAUAAUGAUCAAGGCUUUGCAUCAUGGACCAAAUUUGAGAGCAGUUAUAAACAUGUAUCAUAGACUAAUCCAUCGUGUUAAAUAUCGACUUGGUCUGUGGAGGACAAGACAAGUUAUAAACUUUGUAGAGCUGGAGGAAUGGAUGGACAGAAAAAAAUUCUAUGAAACAAUGUUUGCUAAGAGAGAAGAUUGGCAAGGAUUGGAAAGAAGCGAGCUCCUUAAAUUCUUCAAUGAGUGUGGUCAUUUCCCAAUCCAGCAGCAAAUUGAUGAAGUUUGGGACCUGGUCCAUAAAGAAGACCGUGACAGAUAUUCUCAACUCCUCAAGAAGUACAAUGCGAUUGAAAUGUUAUUUACACUCUAUCCUCCUCAAGGUGCCCAUGUGUGUAAAAAUAUACGACUUAGGUCAACUUGGCUGAGACCCGUAGUAAAUGGGGAAGAAGGAUAUAAAUAUAUAGGUCUUGAGACAAAGCAUGCGGAAGAAGAGUUCCUCGAGAAACUGUGUAUAUAUGGUUCUGAGUAGCCCUGGCAGAUGGAUAGCUAGAGCCUCAGGGUGGUCCUGGCAUUCCCCAUCCCCAACCAGGGGAGCCAAUCAGUCACACCCUCUGCUGUGCCACUGUUCAACCCAGGUUCCCCCACCAGGGGGCACUAUCACAGGCACCCCCUGAUCUCUUUCAAUUCUUUCUUCACACUUCUCCCUGAGCUGGUCUCUCAAGAAUGCAUAGCUGAUGGCACCACUCCCUUGUUUCCAAGUCUCUUUUGAAUGUUCACUGCCUAAAGUGGGGUGCAGAGACAAAGAAUGUGUCAUUGGGACAGGAGAAGAAAAUUUCAGGACCUCUAUUUGAUUUAAUUUCUUAUAUCUUCUGACAUUUGUAUUUUUAAUGUGUGCUUUAUGAUAACAUAAGUUCACCUGUACAUAGAUAAAUAUGCAUAUCUUAAGGGCUUUGUGCUAAUAGAGGUACACAAUAAAAAAUUUCAGAGACCACACUGGCUUUGAGAACAAAAUUCAAGAUCCUUCCUGUUCUGACCCGGACACUUUUCUCUCCAUCCCAUUGCCUGCUGGUCUCCUACCUCCUUGGCAUUCUGAACCUUUUAACUUCCGCUGGUCCUGCCUCAGCACACUGGUUCCCUUGCACAGAAAAGACUUGCUCUCUUGAUUGGAAACCCUAUCUGUAUACAUUAACUAAAUCCAUUGGCACUAUGGUAUGAAACAUUAAGAUUUCUACAAUCACUCCAUCCCCUGAGCUCCCAUAGCCCUUUUUCAGACACUUUGAAGACCUCUAGCACAAUACAUUACAAUUUAGAUUUAUACAUAUCUGUCUCCUAAAUUCUACUUUGAGCUACAUUAGGUGGGAGCGAUUUCUCAUUAAUCUUUGCAUCUAUAGUACUUGUACACUGUGGUACAUCACAGGUGCUCCAUAAAUACUUAUGAGUAAGUGGAUAGAAAUGUGGAUCUGUAUUACAUAGGUACUACUACUACUUACAACCAACACUAAAGGAAAUCUGUAUAUAGCUUUAAGUUUAGUCAGUGUACGUUGACUCCAAGAACAUGAUAGAAUGCAAAUACAAGAGUUAGGUUCCUUUGAGAGGGCUCUAGAUAUCCACAGUUGGAU